AUGGCGUCCAACACAUACCGGGUCGACUCGUAUAUCUACGUCGACGUCCAUAACCCGUCCCGAUCGAUCUCCUACAACCAAGCUCGUACAGCAGUCCGCCAACUCAUCGCCGGUCUGCGCGCCUGGGGUGUCCGAGAGGGCGAUUGUGUUAAUAUUCACUCUUUUAAUGAUAUCUACUACACAAUGCUCGUCCUUGCCAUCGUCGGCGCAGGCGGAAUCUUCACAGGCUCUAACCCAGCAUACACGUCCAUGGAACUAGCCCAUCACUUCCGCGCCUCCCAGACGCAGUUCGUGAUCACGGAGCCGGAGUUUCUCGGUCCGGCGAGCGUGGCGGCGAGGGAGGUCAAGAUCCCUGAGUCGCGCAUCCGGGUGUUCGAUGUCAUGGGCCAGGAUUUGCCCCAGGGCCAGUUGUCGUGGAAGGAGCUUUUCGAGCACGGCGAGGAGGAUUGGGUGCGGUUUGAUGAUGAACGGGUGGCGAGCACGACUACCGCCGCUAGACUGUUUAGUAGUGGCACGACGGGGCUUCCUAAGGCGACGGCGAUUACGCAUCGGAAUUUUGUCGCGCAGCAUGAACUGGCUUUUGAGUCGCAGAGGAGGCCGUAUCCGGUCAGUCGAGUGAUUCCGAUGCCGCUCUUUCAUGCUGCUGCAGCUCCUUCGAGUCACUUUGGCAGUCUCAAGGCGGGUCACGUCAACUAUGUCAUGCGGCGGUUCGAUCUGCCUCUGUUCCUGCAGACCAUGGAGAAGUAUCAAGUCACGGAGAUAACCGUCGUUCCGCCCAUGGCUCUGGCCAUUAUCAUGAACCCCAUGUCGUAUGAACGAGGGUAUUUGCGGUCGGUGCGAGCGAGUCUCCUUGGCGCCGCGCCGAUGGAUAAAGCUGCACAGAAACGGUUCCAGGCCCUACUGGGUGAGGGGGCGAGAUGUACGCAAGUGUGGGGAAUGACCGAGACGUGUUGCAUUGCGACGAUGUUUCCGUGGUAUGAGCAGGAUGAGACCGGGUCGGUCGGGAGGCUGAUUACGAACAUCGAGGCCAAGCUUGUCGAUGACAACGGAAAGAAUAUAUCUGCCUAUGGGGUGCGUGGCGAGAUGUGUGUGCGUGGACCGACGGUUACACCAGGGUACUUCAAUAACUCCGCCGCAAAUGCGGAGUCGUUUGAUAGCGACGGGUGGUUUCACACGGGGGAUAUCAUGUACUGCGAUGGGGACACAAGGAAAUGGUACGUUGUGGAUCGGAAGAAGGAGCUGAUCAAGGUACGUGGGUUUCAGGUCGCGCCGCCCGAGUUGGAGGCCGUCUUGAUUUCACAUCCGCUUAUCGUCGAUGCCGCCGUCAUCGGACUGAGAAAUGUCGUCCCCGAGACGGAAUUACCUCGCGCAUACGUGGUGAGGCGACCAGGAGAGGGUGCGAAGCUAACGGAGGAGGAGGUGAUGAAGUACCUGGGCGAAAGGUUGGCCCGGUACAAGGCGCUUACGGGCGGAGUGAAGUUCGUCGAGGCCAUUCCAAAGAACGCCAGUGGGAAGAUUCUGAAGAAGGUGUUGCGGGAGGAGAGCCAGAAGGAGAUCCAGAGAGGGUGGAAGCCCAAGCUGUAA